AUGGUUGCCAUCUCUACUCUGGGGCUUGCAGGCAUAGGCAUCUUGAUUGGUCUCAUAUGGAGAUUCCUCAUCUAUCCUGCAUUUGUUUCGCCUUUGGCAAAGAUACCAAAUGCACACUGGUCUUCUCCAUUUUCACCUACAUGGAUUCUAUUUCAAAGAUUUCGUUGUCGGGAGAAUCGGACAGUUCAUGCACUGCAUAGGCAACUAGGUCCUUUGAUCCGACUCGGUCCUAAUGAACUCUCUACAAAUGAUGUUGAAGGUCUUCGCCUUGUAUAUGGAGGUGGGUUUGAGAAGGGAAAGUGGUAUUCAAUCUUUGACAACUAUGGUGUCCCUUGUAUGUUCUCAACACUGCCUUCGAAGAAUCAUUCAUCUCGAAAGAGAAUGAUUUCGAAUACUUAUUCAAAGUCUACACUUCAAUCGUCUUCGGCAUUGGCGGAACAAGCAAGGGUCAUUCUUUAUGAGCGUCUUCUACCCACCAUUUCAAACUUGGCUUCAUCUUCUCCAAGUCCCUACGGAGUUGAUGUUUACGAUCUAUUCAAUGGAACUACUAUGGAUUUCGUCUCUUCAUAUCUAUUCGGCCUCAAGAACGGCGCCAACUUCAUUAAGGAUGUCUCAUAUAGGAGACAUUGGCUAAGACUUUACCAAGGGCGCCACCGUUAUACUUUCUAUCCACAAGAACUUCCCCGUCUUACUCGAUUCCUCAACACGUAUAUAUAUCGCAUCGUCCCCACAUUUGUCGAUGCCGCCAACGAAGAAUUAGAAGAAUGGUGUCAACAUCGCUGCGAAGCAACUGCUAAAUUCCUCAAAGAAGGCGGAACCUGGGAUUCUGAGCCUGGCAACGAACCAGUGGUCUACAACGCCAUGAUAUAUGGUAUCGAGAAAGAAAUGAAACUCCGCGGGGAUGAUUCUGUCCUCAAGGAAGAAACCCUCAAGUUCCCAGAUCGUAGUAUGUACAGCGAGAUGAUUGAUCAUCUCGCGGCCGGUCACGAAACUGCUGGUAUUACGGUUACAUAUCUAGCAUGGCAUCUAUCCAUCGAUCCCAUGCUCCAAAAGUCUUUAAGGAAGGAACUCCUUACUCUCUCACCCAACAUGCUUUUCUCCCCCUCAUCUACAUCCUCCCAAACCCCCAAAAUACCCGACCGUAAAGAUCUCGAUGCUCUCCCCAUCCUCCACGCUGUCCUAAUGGAAACACUUCGUCUCCGCGCCGCCAUCCCAGGUGGUCUUCCCCGUAUGACUCCCCACCCGAGCUGCGAUAUCGGUGCCUACAAAAAUAUUCCCGGCGGUGUCAGAAUCGGCGCGCAAGCUCAUAGUGUCCAUCGUAACGAGAAGGUCUUUCCCGAACCCGAAAAAUUUGAUUAUAUGCGAUGGAUGGAAGGAAAUGGUAUGACGGAGGAGCAGAAACGAGAGAGGGAUCGUGCCUUUUGGGCCUUUAGUAGUGGGGGAAGGAUGUGUAUUGGGAGUAAUUUUGCUAUGCUAGAAAUUAAACUCAUAAUAGCGGCCAUCUACACCAAUUUCAGCACUCUAGUCAUAAACGAUGAUGGAGUCGAUCAAAUGGAUGGAUAUACCUGUGGACCAUCUGCUGGUAAACUCCACCUUCGAUUCGAACAUGCUCCGCUUCCAUCUAUAGAUGAGAAGUGA